AUGCUGGGUAUAGAAGGAGCUGAGGCAAAAGAAACAGCAGAGGAAGAAAAUGAAAAUGAAUUAGGCAAGGAGCCGCAGCACAGCCCAACAGAGUUUGGCAGUGAUAUUUCUGAGAACCAGUAUGAUGACUUGUAUGUGUUCAUUCCUGGAGACAAUCCAGAAAAUGAUUCACCAGAGCCACUCCUGAGCAGCACACCACCUGUUCCCCCACCGCGAUGUGUAGCUGCUUCUCUCCAACUGGAAAAACCUCACUUGACAUUACAAGGAGCAACAUUGCAAGGCCAAAUGGAAAAAAAUGAAAACUGGUGUGAUCCUGAUGGAAGACAAGAAACAGAAGUUGAACCCAAAGAGGAGAAUGAAAAAGAAGAUGAAAAGAAGCAGGAGGAGGAGGAAGACCCAUAUACUUUUGCUGAGAUAGAUGACAAUGAAUAUGACACAAUACUGGCCAGUCUGAGUAUAAAGAAAAAACUUGGAAGUCGGUCUUUCAUUAUAAAUAGACCACCUGCCCCUACUCCAAGCAAAAUGCAGCUUUUAUCUUUACCUAAUAUCAAAAUGAAAUCAUAUCUUGAUUUAAGCAGUUUAAUGAGGAGUUCCAUCAGCAUUAUACUAUUCUGCCCUAAGAAAAUGUUUUUUGAAAUGACUGAUAAUCUGCACAAAAGAGAAAAUUAUGAAUUUAAUAAUCGCCUGCUCAAAAAUAAUACAAUUCAGGGAUUGUUACUAAUGUUCCAACAAAAGGCAGCUAGAAGACAAUCUGAUAGUGACAAGUUCCCUGGUCCUCCUAAGAAACAAGACAGAGCUCGGAUGGAGAAUCAAGCCUUUUCCACUCUCAAGGAUUGCCUGGCUGCUGGACAGGAAGAACUUAUCCUCCUGCAAGAAAAAGUCAAGAAUGGGAAACUGUCUGUGGAUGAAGCACUGGAGAGAUUUAAACACUGGCAGAUGGGGAAGAGUUGCCUGGAAAUGAUUCAGCAGGAAAAGUUACGUCAGUUACGUGAUUGCAUUAUUGGGAAGAGACCAGAAGAAGAAAAUGUCUAUAGUAGUGCUCCAUGUUGCAAUUCACCACCUUAA